UAAAUGUUAAAAAUAGUCAACGUAUAAUGUAGUUUCUUAUAUUUAAUUGUAUUUAAGAAAUGUGAUUUAAAAUAGUUUUUUUCUAAAUAAUUAAAAUGUGGAGUGAAAGUUAUGACUGGCAUUUUGAUUAUCCACGAUUGGCUUUUGAUGCUGGAUUUUCUUUUAAAAGUCGAAAAACGAAAACCUGCUUCGAAAAAGAAUAUAUCAAAAAUGUGGACAUUGGUAAAUUAAUACAAGAUCGUAAUACUUCUACAGUUGAGAAAUAUAUCCCGUCUGUAAUCGAAUACAGUUUAGAUAAUGAUCAAACGAGUAUUUUGGAUCCAACGUUCCUUAAAAUAUUCCAGCUAAGUCAACUUGCUGUGGAAUAUUUACUAUUUUGCAAAAAAUAUUUGGAUAAUACAGUUGUUAUUCUGAAGAAAGGUAUUCUGAGCAAUACAGAGGAAAUUGCAGAUUUGAAGCAUGAGCUUCAACAAAAGGAUGAAGAAAUAGAAUUAUUAGAAACGAAAAUCAAAUCUUCGAAAUUACAAUACCACACAUACAAAGACGAUGCAUCUGCUUUUCAAUGUUCACUAUGUUGUAAAGUAUUUGCUACCAGGGAAUUUUUAGAAGCACAUAAUAAACGUAGACAUCAAGAAUUAAAUUCAACUUCCGCCUUUCAACAAGAAACCGAUAAACUGCAAACAGAAAUAAAACAAUUGAAAGAAAGACUUAACACCACCGAAAAGCUUGUACAUAAAAAUGAUUAUCCAAAGAGAGAAUUACUUUCGCCAAAUGAAAUCAGUAUAAACGAUGACAAGAAACUAAUUAAUGAGUUACAGCAAAAAUUUGAACUUCUUAAAGUUUAUGUUGAAGGCGAAUUAAAGACUUUGCAGUUUCAAUCAUCAGAUCAGUCUAAAUACGAAAAGUGGUUCGAAGUAUUCUUGCAAAGACUGGAAUCUUUAAUGCAAAAAUCCUAUACAGCUAGUACUGAAACUGAUAAAACGUUUCAAAAUCAAUUAGAAACCAAUAAAGUUGAUGCGCCAAUCAGAAAGACCGAUAGUUCUGUACAAACAGAAGAAAAUUUUGUAAUUAGGAACGUUUGCGAGAGAUGCGAAGCUAGAAAUAAAGAAAAAAGCGAUUUCAGUAGAAAUCAAACCCAAAUAGUUGGUAAGAUGUUAACUGAUUUGAAAGUAACUACAGAAAGUCAAUUGAAUUCGUUAGAAUUUGCACUGACGGAAAAGGUGAACAAUAGUUUGGAAAAACUUGACCGACAGAUUAGAGAUUUAAAUAAAAAAGUAGACGAAAUGAUAGCAAAAUCCCACGCGAAAGUGGAUAACAUAAUCCCAAAAAGUUCAAAUGAUUAUAAUCAUUAUAGUGUAGUACCUGUACCCAAAAAAAGGCAAUUUAUUUCUGGCAAUAAAGUAAAUAAAACAGUAGAGCAAAAGACAAAAGAGCCUAAUAAACUUGAUGCAAGUAUUCAUGCAAAUAAAAUGGUUUCAUCAAAACCUGAGAAUAGUGUAAUUCCACAAAAAUGUAGCAACGGGUUCGAUCAAAGGGAACAUCAAAAUAAAAUGCGAAACAUUGUUCCCAAGGAGAAUGAAAACAAAAGAGAUAGGAUUACAACAAAAGGCACAUUAAAAAAGAAAUCAUCUUCAGAAUUAGUUGAAAAAUCAAGUAGUACUAGUGUACAACUUUUAUUCAGAAAAAAUCCUGGAACUACUAACACCUACUCUACCGAUGAAGAGAACUCAACUUCAAGCGAAAAUAACGAAGCUGUCAUUAAAAAUGAUCACGUAAAAAUAAGACCGUCGACUUCUACAUUGGGUAAAAGAUCAAUUACAAGUUUGAAGGCAGCUGCUUUAGAUAAAGAAGUUUUACAAGGAUUAAAGAAGGAGGUACAAAAUAUAUUUGAUAAGCGGUUGGUAGCGAUAGGAAUUUCUCCAUCAACAAAAGGAAUAUCGCAUUCAGUUUAUGAAAAAGCACUUGCAGCAAUUCAUAGGGAAAGAGCUGAAAUGGCUGAAAAGUAUCCACAAUAUGAGAAAAUUACUGGUGGUAUAAUAAUGAAUUUGGAAGAUCGAAUGAAAUCGAGUAGUAAAGAAAAUAAAUCGAAUGAUAUUCUUAAUAAAAAUGCCACAAAGACAGAACCUCCUAGAGAAAUAGUAAAGAAAUUUUCGCAGAAGUCAAAAGGUGGAAGUAAAAACGUUUUAGUAACGGCAUCCCGACAACCAAAGACCCCAAAAACGUCAUCGUCCGUAAGUUCUUCGGAAGAAGAAGAAGAGAAAAUAGUAACAGAAGAUAUUAUUAAACGUUUAACGAAACCAAACAAAAACCUUCAGAAAUCUUAUCAAACUUACAGCGACGUUGUGAAGCAAAUAAACGAGAAGAUGCAAAAGAGAGAGUUGGAAAAAAAUAACGUGCAUCUUCUUCAAGAUGGUGUUAUCGAUCUCCAAGAUACUCCUAACAUGAACAGAAAUAAUAGCAGUUCUGACACAACUGAUAAAAAGUCAACGAACUCACUAUCAAAUUCAGAAAAUCCACCAAAGAAAGAAGGAAAAAAGGAAGUCAAGGAAAGUGAAGAUAAAUAUGCCAAAAUGGAUGUAAUAUCAAUUGAGUCGUUUACAGAAGAGAUUGUCGAAGAUCGUAAAGAAGAAGAUAACUUAUCGGCUGAAGAAGUAAAUAGAAAUCUAGCACAAGAAAAAAUUCAACUGCAGCCCAAAAGUGCUCUAAAAAAUUUACCAACAAAGCUUCUUCCGAUGAAGAAGAAGGUGUUUUUUGAUUUAAAAUCGUUGGCUAAUGUUGAACAGAAGGAAGAUCCAGGUGGAGGUGGUGAUACGACAAGUGCAACCAGUUCCAUUUUUGAUGAAAUUGAGAGCCUAAAGGAAGUCAAGAAGACGGCGACUAAAGAAAAGGAUAGCGAUUUUUCGGAUUUUAACUUUAGCGAUAUACUUUAAUUUUUUGUAAAAUAAAGUUUACUAUUUACUAUUUGG